GCGCUGUUCCACAGGUGCUCGUCAUUACCAGCGAGCAAGGCAGCCUUUAACAACAAGGAAGUGACUUCCAAGUCACCCGACUCUUGUGAAGAUGGCACCGAGCGGCCUAAAAACAAUAGUUGGAGAAAAAAUCCUCAACGGUGUAAUCAAGAGUGUAAAGAAGGAUGGCGAGUGGAGGGUUCUUAUUGUUGACCACAUGAGCAUGCGGAUUCUGUCCUCCUGUUGCAAGAUGUCAGACAUUUUGGCAGAGGGCGUUACCAUUGUGGAGGAUCUCAAUAAAAGCAGGGAGCCCAUCGCUUGUCUGGAGGCCAUAUAUUUAAUCUCGCCAGUGGAAAAGUCUGUUCGUGCGCUCAUCAACGACUUUAAAGACAGCACUUUUACCUACAAAGCAGCCCACAUCUUCUUCACAGACACUUGCCCCGAUAAUCUUUUCAACGAAAUUGCGAGAUCCCGAGUUUCCAAGGCUGCCAAGACUUUAAAAGAGAUCAACGUUGCUUUCCUGCCAUAUGAAUCUCAGGUGUUCUCUCUGGACGACCCGACCUCCUUCCACACUUUCUACAGCCAAAAGACCGCAAAAGACCAACGAGACAAGAUGACGGAGACUCUUGCCGAGCAGAUCGCGACCUUAUGCGAUACGCUCAAAGAGUACCCGGCGAUUCGAUACCGCAACGGGCAGGAGAGGAAUGCAAAACUGGCCGAAGAGGUCUACCAGCACCUGAACGCCCACAAAGCUGACAACCCAAGCAUGGGAGAGGGGCCAAACAAGGCACGAUCCCAACUGCUUAUCGUCGACCGUGGAUUCGAUCCCGUCUCUCCUGUCCUGCAUGAGCUGACCUUCCAGGCGAUGGCCUACGAUUUGCUGGAUAUCCAAAAAGACAUCUACAGUUAUCAGACAACUGGCAUUGGGAAUGCCAAAGCGAGGGAUGUGUUGCUGGAUGAAGACGAUGAGCUCUGGGUUCAGCUCAGACAUUUGCAUAUCGCAGACGUCUCAAAGAAAGUGACAGAGUUGCUUCACACUUUUUGUGCGAGCAAGAGGAUGUGCACAGAAAACGCCAACCUCAAAGAUCUCUCUCAGAUGUUAAAGAAGAUGCCGCAGUAUCAGAAGGAGCUGAGCAUGUACUCUACUCACUUGAACCUGGCUGAUGCCUGUAUGAAGAAGUUCCAGACCUCAAUUGAUAAGCUUUGUCAAGUGGAACAGGACCUGGCCAUGGGUGCAAGCGCCGAGGGAGAACCUCUCAAAGAUGCCAUGAAGAGCAUCGUCCCCGUUUUGCUAGACAACGGAAUCGAGGCCUACGACAAGAUCCGCAUCAUCCUGCUCUACAUAUUCCACAAGAAAAAAGGAAUCACGGAGGAGAACCUCGACAAACUUAUACAGCACGCGAACGUGACGUCCGACAGAAACAUCAUCACCAACCUCCAGAAUCUGGGCUGUAGCAUCGUAGCAGGGGGCAGCAAUGCUGGUGCGUCGCUGCCAGAGCGCAAACAGCGGACAGAGAGCACCUACCAGCUCUCUCGAUGGACACCCGUCCUCAAAGACAUCAUGGAGAAUGCCAUCGAUGACAAGCUGGACAAGCGUCAGUGGCCGUACAUAUCUGAACCCGCCCCCGUCAGCAACACCCACAUUCCAGUCAGUGCUCGUGUUGGACAGUGGCACAAUAACAAACCCCCUGCAGAAUAUCACACCGGGCCAAGGCUCAUUAUCUUCGUGGUUGGCGGGGUGACCCACUCUGAGAUGCGUUCGGCCUAUGAAGUCAGUCGCGCCAGUGGCGGCAAAUGGGAAGUAGUGAUUGGUUCAUCGCACAUCCUGACUCCGACCAGAUUCCUGGAUGAUCUCAAGAGUCUGGACCAGGUUCCUAAUCCACUUUGUGAAGAUAACGUCGACCCUAACAAAGGAUGAAGGUUUUACGUCACAGCACAAUAUUCACUGUUCUAUGAAGAUACUUCUUUUCCUGUAAAAGUAGUUCUGUACACUGAUUUAAAGUAUUCACAUUUUAAUUACUGUACUAGCCUCAGUGCUGCAAAAUAGGAGCACAUCACUCUUAGGAUCCUUGCAAGAUACCGUAAAUCAAAGCUCUGUUGCUGUAACUGCUGUCUUUAAAGAGUGUGCACAUUGAUUGACCUAACAUAUAGCUGGAAUGUGGUGGCUCUUUGUUUCUUUCUUGUGUGUAAAAACAUGUAAUAAAAGAAGCAAUAUUUA